GGCGUCUCUUCUGGGCACCGACCCAAGAAGCAGGUCACUGGCAUGCCUGCGCCGCCAUCGAACCAGGUGGGCCUCGCUCUCUCUGCGGAUGGGAACGAGGGCUAUCGCGUGGCGUGGUCGAAUGCUGUGCGGCGGUACCGUGCAAUCCGCAACGCCAAAAAGCAGGCCGAGACGGCAGCGGCGGCGGAAGCGGCCGCUGCACCAAAGGCAAAGCCCAACUUCGAGCGGCAGGGCUCCAGCCGUCUGCAAUUUGGAGCGCUUGUUGUGGUCGCCUCCGCGUCGCGUCGGGAGAUCGAGAAGGAGGGCACGGACCAGAUUGAACAACCUGAGCUCUUUGUUCCCGCCAAGAGCGUGCCUGUGCUGACAAAGCGGAAGUCGGAGGAGGAGAUCUCCGCGGGAGUGACGCUGAAGCGCCUUUCCCUGGGCGCCUGACAGGCAGCGGCAUACUAGUGCAUAGUCGUCCAGUGCGAAUCUCCACGCGAGGGCCUCGGCCGCCUGCCAGCGCGGCAGCCCCUCUACGCUCCCGGGAAGGCUGGGGUCCGCGUCGCGUCCAUACGUGUACGUGUACUCUCCGCAGCAGCAGCGACUCCCGCACCACGCCAUGAGUAGUAAGCAGUCGUAGUCGUAGACCUCUCUGGAUGAGGUCUCGCCGACUCGGUUUUGGUGGUGUUCCAGGAGUUGGAGUUGCGGCUGACUCAUUGCUCGAUGGCCUCCCAUGAGACGUGCACAUGCUCUGUGAGGUUGUGUCCGUGCCUGUUCGAUAUUGUUCCAGGGUUAUUUAGCUACCGAAA